AUGUCUACCACCCAAUUUAUGACUAAAACCAAAACCCAACUUCAGAAUCAGAGUGCUUCUAUUCGAAACUUGGGGGAGCAAGUAGGCCAACUAGCUACUAUAUUGAGCGAAAGAAGCCAAGGAGUAUUGCCAAGCCAAACAAAGGUUAAUCCAAAAAAUCAAGAGCAUGCGAAGGCAAUUACACUUCGAAAUGAGAGAUCCAUCAAAACUGCUGUAGAUUUAGACUUAAAAAAGUACCACCAACAGUUGAGAGAUACGGAAAAAGCUGAAGAAAGUAGCCUACCCGCCACCAUAAGCUCAACCGAAAAUUCAGCAACACAGGCAAUGAAUUUUUCUUCUCAAACCAAUGAGCAAGCAUCCACAAAUCUCACCCCAAAAUCCUAUGUUCCACCGAUUUCUUUUCCACAAUGCUUGAAGAAAAAUAAGAAGGAUGCACAGUUCUCCAAAUUUCUUGAAAUUUUUAGGAAAUUGCAAAUUACCAUUCCAUUUGGUGAAGCACUAGACCAAAUGCCGAGCUAUGGAAAGUUCCUUAAGGACAUCUUAAGCAAAAAGAGACGUUUGGACGAUACAGAGAUAGUGAAAUUGAUAGAGGAGUGCAGUGCAGCAAUAAAAAGGCAACUACCACCUAAGCGAAAGGAUCCAGGGAGUUUUUCUAUUCCGUGCACCAUUGGCACUAUUUCUUUUCAUAGAGCUUUAUGUGAUCUAGGUUCUAGUAUAAAUUUAAUGCCUUUGUCUAUUGCUAAAAGAAUAGGCUUGGGAGAAAUUAAGAAAACUACUAUUUCUUUGCAGAUGGCGGAUAGAUCACUUACAUAUCCUCACAUAAUUCUUGAAGACGUAUUAGUGAAGGUGGACAAGUUCAUACUUCCAGCUGACUUCAUAGUCUUGGAUAUGGAAGAAGAUGUCGACACUCCAAUUAUUUUAGGCCGCCUAUUCCUCAUUACCGGAAGAACAUUAAUUGACGUAGAAAAAGGUUUUUUGAUCCUACGAGUAGCCGAUCAAGAGGUGGAAUUCAAGGUUUUUGAUGCAACCAAAUACCCCAUUGAUUCAGAGUAUUGUUUCCAAUUAGAGGCUAUAGAUCAUGUUGUUCAACGACAAUUCAAUGCGGAGUACUUGAAAGAUCCAUUAGAAGCAAGUUUGGUCAAUGAGAUAGAGAUUGUAGAUGAGGAGCCACACAUGCUUGAAAUGGUGAACUUGCUGGAAGCUACACCGUUGUACAAACAACCCUUCCACAGAGAAUUUGAGCCACUUGGUGCUGUUGCCACCAAGCCCGUACCAAGCAUCGUUGCCGCACCAACCCUCACCUUGAAGCCACUACCCUCGCAUUUAAAGUAUGCCUAUCUUGGUACAUCUCAAACUCUCCCUAUCAUUAUUAAUUCAGAUUUACUUGAAGAGGAGGAAGAAAAAUUACUACAAGUUCUAAAAAUGCAUAAAAUCGCUAUUGGGUGGACUAUUGCGGAUAUUAAAGGAAUUAGUCCUUCUACAUGCAUGCAUAGAAUUUUUAUUAGAGGAAAAUUUCAAGCCGACGAUAGAAAAUCAAAGAAGGCUAAAUCCAAAUAUGAAAGAAGUUGUUCGUGCCGAAGUUCUCAAGCUUUUGGAUGCCGGAAUUAUUUAUCCAAUUUCGGAUAG